AUGGAAAUCGCCCGUCUGCUAAUCGUCCUCGCCAUCUACUUCGUUUUCCGCUACUUCAUCCGCAACCGCUCCGCCAACUCCGCCGCCACCAUGUCUCACGGAAAGGUCACUCCAGUGGACAACCCCGUCAUUUUCAAGGCCCUCACAUCCUCCGGUCCUGUCGUUGUCGAUUUCUUCGCCACCUGGUGCGGUCCCUGCAAGGCCAUCGCUCCCGUCGUCGGAAAGCUCAGCGAGACCUACACCGACGUGCGCUUUCUCCAGGUCGAUGUCGACAAGGCUCGCUCAAUAGCUCAAGAACAUGAGAUCAGAGCCAUGCCGACAUUUGUGCUCUACAAAGAUGGCAAGCUGUUAGACAAGCGCGUUGUCGGUGGUAACAUGAAGGAGCUGGAGGAGCAGAUCAAGAACAUCAUCGCUUAA